GGGAGAGUGGAGGAUAUAGGGAUAUCUGGGUGAAUUUUACUGUAAUUGUUUUUUAAUAGCAUUCAUAAACAAUGAAAGAGAGGGAGGAGCAACCUGAAUUUGAACUAAUGACUCAUUCCUCCUCAAGCCAACACUCUAACCACUCAGCUAGUGUGAAAGAUGAUAUGGAUUUGAGUUGUACACACAGCAACAUUAAGUAACCAGAUUAUGUCCAUCUUGCAACAGAGCCAGUUACCUACUUAUUCUGAAUCACAGGUUUUGAAAGAAGCAAGUUUACAACAGAGUUUGCUCAGUCUUUCUCAAGGAUCUGGAUCAAAUAUAGCACAGACAUUACAUCUACAGAAUGACGCUCAGCAGACGGCUAGUGAUGUGGCCAACUUCGACACAUUCAAGCAAAAUAUUUACAGGCAUCCUUUAUUUCCACUGCUUGCUAUGAUGUUUGAAAAAUGUGAAACUUCAACCUAUUCUCCUGAUGCAGCAUCGCACAGUUUUGAGAAAGAGCUUCAGGCAGUUAUAAAACACCAAGAAAGUUUGAAAGGACCUAUCUUGUGUCCUGAUGAGGAAGUCAAUGAGUUGAUGAUCAAAGCUAUUCAGGUUUUGCGCAUACAUCUCAUGGAGAUGGAAAAAGUUAAUGAACUGUGCAAAGAUUUUUGCUCCCGCUACAUAUCUUGUCUGAAGAGUAAACUGACCUCAGAGCAGUUGCUUCAUGUUGAUGGUUGCGAUUCUCCUGAGCCUCAAGAUUUAACAAUGUCUUCCAGUAAUGUUGUAAAUAUGAACCCAUCCUUGCCACUUCCACCACCAGCUGUUGUCACGCCCACUGUGGUUGGGGGAAGUAUGGUCCUACAGCAGCAACAACAACCCCAGAUUGUGUCUGGAAACACUGUGUACCAAAUGGUGCACACGCCACAGGGCAUUGUCGCACAGCCCAUUCAGAUUCAAGGGCCAUUAACUCCACUGAAUCAGCCGGUUCAUCAAGUUAUCCAUGGCAGCACCCCUCUCUCUCAGAUCGGUGUCUCCCUAACCUCCCCGAUACAGCAGCACCACAUGCAGCAGCCAACUGUGCAGCAACCACAGCAACAGAAUCAACAAAGUGAAAUAAAGUCAGGUCAUCUUCGAGUUUCAGAUGAUGAAGAUGAUGAUAAAAACUCCAAACAAAAAAGAGGUAUACUACCCAAACAGGCCACUCAAGUUAUGAAGUCUUGGCUGUUUCAGCAUAUUGUUCACCCAUACCCAACAGAGGAUGAAAAAAGACAAAUAGCAUCGCAGACAAAUCUUACUCUUCUGCAAGUAAACAAUUGGUUUAUUAAUGCGCGACGGCGAAUUUUGCAGCCCAUGCUUGAAGCUUCAAACCCUGAAAAGGCCAAGUCAAAAAAACCCAGCAAGCCUGGAAACAAACCUCAGCAAAGGUUCUGGCCUAUCUUGCCGAACAGCCAGUCCAAGGAGAAUUAUGAUGCAGAUGAGGAGGAAGGAAAAUCCAAACAGAACCAGUCUACACCUAAAAAAACAACAGCAGCUCCAGUGGCUGCGACACCCCUUCCAACCUCAGAAAGGCUUCAGCCAGUAGUGAGCUCAGAGCCUUCUUUAAGUUCUCAGCAAGAAGCCUACAUGGGAUACAUGCCUAAUAAUUUUGUAUUACGACUGGGACCUGAUCACAUGAUGCCCAACAAUGCAAUGGCCAAUGCUGCAACAUCUAUUACUCUAGAGAACUUACAGAACCUACAAGCACUGCAGUCCAGUGGCUUUCUCUUUACCCAUGGGCCUCCUUCACUGCCUUUCAGCCUGCCCCUGAGUGCUCUCUCUCCUUCCUCAAGUGCAGCACUGGGCUUGGGUAUGGGAUCUUUCUCAAACUUAGGUCCUUCACCGAUGGCCCUAGGUGCUCUCAAUUUCACUUCCUAUUCAGCCCCACUCCAGUUUGCCAGUUACAACACAGCACCUAUAGAUCUCAGUGCUAUGGCUAACCAAACGACUCUCCAACUCAGUGCAUUGGCUGGAACAAUUAGUGGGCAUCACUUGAACAAUGGACAGCUACUUAUGGGCAUGUCCACCAUGAUGUCAGAUCAGCAAGGUGACCAGAGCUACGAGGAUGCUGAUGAAAGCUUAGAAGCAGGAGAGUUAAAAAUAGAUACUAAAGAUGUCAGUGGUGGCGGAGAUUAGAGUGAAUACCAAAUGUUCUCUUAUAAUGUUUUAGAAUGUUUUUGCCAAAGUGUACAUGUUUCUGGUGAAGCCUUAUUUUGAUUUCAGCGGGUAAAGUCAGCACAGUUUGAUUACAGACGUUUUUGGAAGAGUGAAUUCAUUGAGUGUUCCUGCAAAGUUUGGCUGCAGAUGUAUCAUGUUAUGUAAGAGUAAUUCGUUGAAUGAUUUUGGUUUGACAAUAAAUAUUAUUGUGAGAGUGAAUCAUUGAGUGGCUCUCCCUACUUUCUUCAACACAACUUUGUAUAAACAUUUUGUUUGCAAUCUUAUCUUAUAAAAUACAGACAUUACUUUUUAAAAAGAAGAUGAUUACAAUAUACUCCAGUAUCAGAUGUAUGUACAUUAACUUUGUGAGGUCCCAAUUAGUUAAGCAUUCAUGGUGCUCUGGGGGGGGGGGGGGGAGCACUGAUGUAAAAUUUUAAAAGUUCACUUCUCAUAAUUUUGUUACAUCAUUUUAUUAUGUAAAUAUGCACAAAAUAUUACUUUGAAUUGCAGAUUUAUAUUGUCUUGUUGAUCUAGGUUGUAGUGCCAAAUUGUAAUGUACGUCCCAUAAUGUUAAAAAAGUUAUUGUGUAAAGGACAGAGAAAUGAAAGUUAAUCUUGAAGGAGGGAGGAUAAAAUAGCUCUAUUAAUAAUAGCAAAAUAAGAAAUAACAAUACAUUUUAAAAAAUAUCAGAAAUAAAGGAAAAAAGUAAUAAGCUUGAAGACAGAAUAGAAAUCAAACCAUAAAAAAAAUGCAGAUAUAAUUAAUUAAGGGAUGAUUUCAUAAAAUCUUUUCAAAAAAUUUAUCAAAUAAUUAUAAAAGUACUCUUAAAAAACAAAACAAAAAAAAGCAGGUUAAAUAGAAAAUAAAACUGAAACUAAAAUAAAUGGUACUAUAAAUGUCAUCUAGUUUUUUUCUGCUUUCUCUAGUUUUACUACUUUUACCCCAGUUUUUGUUUUUGUGAUAAAAAUUUUUAAAAAUUGUAAUUAAUUGCCAUUAUUUUAAUUUUAUUUCCAUUGCUGUUUCUUUUAUAUAAAAUACCAUUUUCAGUAAUGAAUAUUACAUCCCAAAGAAUGGCAUUUUUAUAUCUAUAAUUAAGUGUGCUGGUAGUCUAAGUACUGAAAUCAAGCUAUUUUAGGAAUGUAUAGAACACAUUUUUCUUAGUGAAUUUCAUCUUCCCAAACCUCCUCCCCCCUCCCAACAAAAUGUACAUAAUGUAAAUGUAAAUAUUUUUUUUUACUUUCUUGAAGGGCAGCAGAAUGAGCAAUGAAAAUGUUUGUAGAAUUGGGUAAUUAUAAGCCUGAUUGUUUGAUAAAUAUUUGAUCAUGUUUGUCAUGCAUUUUCUUAGUCUUAAUGUUUUGUUUCACCAACUGUACACGAUUUAUACUUGUAAUACAUGUUUUAAAGUAAUAACACAAUGUACCUAGACAUAAAGAGAUUUGAUUUCUGUCAUAGGGGCAUGCUUUUUUUUUAAAUUUAUCUUAGUUAUAAAUAAGUUUUUAAACAUUUAUUUAUAUAACAAUACUUUAAAUACAAGAGCUGGUAACCUUUCAGGGACAGCUGGGCCAAAGAAAUAUUUGCAAUUCAGGAACUAAUGAAACUACUGGCACUGUGUGACAUAUUCCCAUUUUCCUCUGGGAUAAAAAUGAGUGCAGUUGGCCAGGUUUUUUAAGCUGCGACAGAGUUAAUAAGUUAACCUUUUCUGAGUAAAGGAAUUAAAUGCAUGGGCUUAAUUUAAUGUAAUUAUUUUUUUAUUAAAAAGCAUUUAUACAGUCAUUAUGUUGUUUUAAGCCCUUAACCUGUAUAAACCUUUAAUAGGGUGGAGCAUUGUUUCUAAUUUGGUAAAUCAUUAAACAUGUUGUCAGUUUUUCUUGUCACAAAAAUAUUCUCUUUUUUUUAAAUUUUUUUCAACUCUUAUUUUAAGGUUUACUCUGUUAGAUUAAUAUAGAUUUUGUCUACAUAGCAUUUACAAUAGGUUGCCCACUCCUGCAGUGGUGUAGCUAGGGUGGGGGAGGAGGGGGGAGAAUUAGAAAAUCCCCCUGGGCCCAAACUUGAGGGGGCCCCCAAACGAGUGUUUUUUACAUUCAAUAUUAAAUAUUACGCAAAAUGCAGGGGCCCCCAAAUGAUGGAAAAUUCCUAGCUACGCCCCUGCACUCCUGUUUGAAUAUGGAUAUCAAUCUCUUGUUUAAACUUUUGGGUAAACAGAACAAUACUGUAUAGCACAAUGUUGUUGUUUUUAUGUGACAGCUUUAAAAAAAAAAGAUAUUUCAUUGCCAUUUCAGGUAAAACAUUCUUGUUACAUUUAAAUGUUUUAAGUUGUUAAAUCACUUCAUGAUAUUUGAAGUUAAAUAUUGUAUCAUUUUUAAAAAAUGCUAAUCCUGUUAAAUAUUCUAUCAUUUUUAAAAAAAUGCUAAUACUGACUAUCCUUUGAAGAGACCUGAAAAUGAAAGCCAAAUAAACUUUUAUUGUUCUGUUUCCUUUAUGCUGAUCAUUUUUGAUAUAUCAGAAUAGAUUUUUUUAGCCAUCUGCUGCUGUGUCCAAGUAUUCAUCCGAUAACCACUCUUUUUUUUUUAUUUAGUCAGUCAUUUGUACAUUUACACAUCACUGUUUGCAACUUCAGAAUAAAAAAAAAGUUUGUUGAAUCAAAGCAAAAACAGAAAAUGAAUGAUUGAUUUGGCAAUAUGGAUCAUUAUUAACAGGCAGACUUACACUGAUAAGCAUUUUAAAGUUCUGUAAAAUGUACAUUAUAUUAUAUCCAUAAUCAAAUGUGUUUUUCUUCAUUUUUUGUUUGUCUAAAAAAAAAAGGUUCCAAAUGUCAUUUAUUUGUCAGUUAUAAUUAAACACAAGCAAUGAUCAAUAUUAUGUCAACAGUUAAUAUAAACUUUUUUUUUUUAAUUUUUACUUUUGAUACUUAGUUUUGUAGGUCAAGUUGCAUUGUCUUGAUUCAAUUAGAAGGAGAUUUUCAUGUGCCAGACAUAAUAAAAUAUUUAAGGCUGUUGACCCUUACAUUGUAAACAGUUGUAUCAGAUUGGAAUAGUUUCUAGUGUAUGAUGCAAUGGUUAGAUAAUUGACUAAUUGGAAACUCUGUUAACCAUACCUUAUAUUUUUAGUGUCUGUAUUACAUGUAUAUAAAUAAUUUUUAUUGUUAAUGACACCUUUUAAUUAGAUGUAAAAAGGUGGCUGAGUGUUAAAAUGCUUCUGAAUCAAGAUUUUGUCUGUUUGAAUCUUGGUAAAGACUGGAAUUUAGAAUUUCUGGAUUUUUAGGAUGCCCAACCCAACUUUAAUGGGUACCUGGCUUUAGUUGGGUAAUGUAAAGGCAUUUUGUUUGUCGUGCUUACAUGGCACCUUCAUUAAUUGUUGGCCAUAGAAACAGAUGAAUACUACAUCACCUGCCCUAUAGACUACAAAGUGGUACUUAACUUUACUUUUGUGGCUGCUGGGUCUUAUGGUAUGAUCUUUGGACUGUCAUCAGGAUGGUCCCAAGUUAGAACCUUGCCUUCUGCCAUCCCCUGCCAUCCUGCUAGAAGUUUGGACUGGAAUGUAAUAAUUUUCCAUUCUGAAGGAAUGUAUGAAACAUAUAAAACUUAUAAGACAAGACAAAAUAAAAAACUAGAAUAGCAUAGAUAUUUAAAAAUCUAGAAGGUCUAGGUUGUGCUGGUGUUUCAUUGACCUUUAGCCUCUUCCUAAACUCAGCUAAUAGACUGCUCUAUACAAGGUGCUUCCAAUGUGUUACUUUAAUGUUGUCCCCUCUCAUGUGUGUUAGAUAAUUCCAAUACAAAUGAAAUGGAGGUCCAUGUUACCAGGGUAAUAGGAGUUAAGCUAAUAGUUUGUUCAGUCCAAAGACUCCAUGUAUUGAACUGAAGUUAAUCCUUUCAUAAAUUUGUCUUUUUGGCACUAACAACAAAAAAGAUAGGGAUGUUAUGGCCAGUUAGUCCUCAUAAUCAAGGACAGCUACUCACUGUGAGUAUUGAGUAAUGUGGCUGCCGUUACGAGAAGAUUUGCAACAGCUUUGAAUAUUUGAAUUUUUUAAAUUAAAAAAAAACAACAAAGAUUUUCUAGAAAAAUAAUGUUCUUUCUCCCCCACCCCUCCUCCUUUUCAUCACAUAUCUUGUCCACUUAAGGCUCCACCUUCCUCCUCUUAUUGCCAUGACAAUUUUCUCACUUUUUUUUCACUCACUACAAAUGGACUUCAUUUUUUGAAGUUAUCUGCCCUUCACUUAGAGCCAGUACUUAUUUUUUAAAUUUUUACAAGUUAUCGUGUCCCCUUUUUUAUUAGUAUUUAUAUUAAAAGAAAAAAAUCCAUUUUAAAAAAUGCAUAAUGGAGGGGAAAAAAAUGCAGCAAUUAUCUUUUGUUUACUUCCUUUUUUAAUUUCUUAUUUGUUUAAAUUCUCUUUUAAUUUCAUCAAGAAUUUUGUUUCAAAAGUAUUUGUGUUCAUGGGUGCAAUAGACUUGAUGAUAUAGAACAUUUUUUCAUUUCAAAGAAUGAUCUACAUGCUGUGUACUUCCUUUCAUAUUGUAAACCAGUUUAUCAUUGGCUACGUCUGCUGUACAUCCUGAACAGUUAUAGAGUACAUACGCACUAAAAAAAAAAAUUAAAAAAAUAAUUAAUGCCUUUACAGUUGAAAAAUUUUGUUUUAAAAUUUUAUAGUGGAUUUUUUUAUUUCUUAAUUUUAUAUUUUGUAAAUAUUUUUUUUAUCUCCUGUUCAGUCUUUUGUGAACAGUUGCCUGGCACAAAUAUGUAAAAAAUAUCAAUUAUGUUGGCAGGUUAAAUUCUAAUAAUAGCUAUAACUUAAUACUUAUGAUUGUUUUGUCUUAUGAUUUAUUAUUUUUUUAUAUUGAAAUAUUUUUAUAACUACAUUUGUGAUUACUAUUUAGUCUAAAUGUCAGAAAGAAUAGAAUGUGUAUUACAGAUUAAAAAAAAAAAAGCCAGUACAAUUAAAAUGGUAUUCAACAUGUACCAUACUGUAUACAUGAAAUAAUUUAACAAGAAUUUGUUCUUUUUUUUUUUUUUAAGAAGCUGAAGAAGCUCAUAAACGGUUUGAAAACAUUGGAAUAUGAAGACUGUAAACCACACACUUGUACAUAUUAAUAAUAUAGCCUUUUAUUAUGAUUUUCUAAUUUGGUUACAAUGUUCAGUUUGUUGAACUAAUUUGUUCAGUUCGAUCACAGUGUAAAUACUUGCCUACGAGUUGAUUAUCAUUUAGAAAAGAACUAAUAAACAUGUUAAUUAAUACUCAGUCAAGGGUAGAUAAUCAUCAAA